AUGAAUAAUAUCAAUGUAUACGUCCGUCAGAACAGUACCCGUCAGUAUAAUUUCGAGAAGUUUAAAAAGUUUUUGUCCAAAAAGUACUCGGCCAAUACGGCCGGCGCUUUGGACUCGUUGUUGGCCCGUUUGGUGUCCACUAAGGACACCCCUGGCAUGAUUAACACGAUCGAUCACCUGAUUAAGAACGUGACCAUAACUGUGCCCGAGACCUGUCCCAAUCUGGACGACAUGGCCGUGUCAAACGUGGAAUUCAAAAAGUUGUGCGGACGCUGGGAUGCCAUCUACACGUCCAACAGUCGCGUGGAUAAGGACUGUGUCUAUACUGUGGACUCGUAUCACAAAGCGAUGGACUCAUUGAUACAGGAAAAACAGGUGAUAAUGCGCCGUUCGAAGUCCAGCCCGAGCCGGCAGGAAGUGCUCUACGAUCGCACAUUUUUCCAGUCAUGGAUUCUGGACACCGAUUAUAAGACAUAUCGUUUGCAAUACACAUGUUAUGUGAAAGUGGUUAACGGCCGCAAACGGCGUAUAGAUUUGCAACGACUGUACACGAAAAACAUCGAGGCCAAAGACUUUGACCCGAAUAUAUUGGCAAGAUUGCGCCAAAAAUCGUCCAUGAUCGAUUUGCAACGACUGUACACGAAAAACAUCGAGGCCAAAGACUUUGACCCGAAUAUAUUGGCAAGAUUGCGCCAAAAAUCGUCCAUGAUCGGUAAAGCGCUGGAACCAAUGGACAGGUUAUACUGUCCACCCAUAACUACCGCUACCACAACCACCACCGCUGCCCCCAUUAUCAGUGGUGGCAAUAAUUUUAAUAAUAUUAAUGAUGAUGAUAUGAUAUGA